AGUUACGGAUCGGGCAGCGCCAACGGUCACAGCGCUUCCCCCCAAACAAACCGAGACAAACGGGAGAGAAACGGGCAAAUAAACUCCAAAUACAGCGACGUUUCUGCGGGUUUUACACCGGGACAGCGCGCACUCUCCGGGGGAAACUAAACUUUAAAGAACGGCAUUAAAUAAAGACUUUAAAAGCGCUUUGUGGAGGUGUUACAAAUGAAGAAUGGGCUCCAAAAGUGAACAGCUGCUGAUCGUCGUGUCAGUUUUAGAAGGUCGUCACUUCCCGAAGAGCUCGCGCCUCAGUCUGGUCGUCCAGGCCAGUUUCGACGGAGAGACUCUGAGCACAGACCCAGUGGAACAUCGAGAACAGCCCCAGUUCAGCACCGAGCUCGCCUGGGAACUGAACCGACGCACACUGCACCAGCACAGGCUGCAGAGGACGCCCAUUAAACUCCAGUGUUUGGCCGUGGACUCGGUCAGUAAAAAGAGCGAGAGUGUGGGAUACAUCGUCCUGGACCUGAGAUCAGUGCAAGAAAUCAAACAGGAGCCGCGCUGGUUUCCUCUCCUCAGCAGUAAAUACACCAAACUGAAGCCUGCGCUGCUUCUGUCCGCGCAGCUGGAGACCGACUCCAAACCAGAGCCAGCGUCGCUGGACAAGUUCAAGGCCAAACAGGCUCCUCCAAGGACGGCGUCUCCAGCUCUGGACCUCCUCCCCGACAGGCUGCAGCCGGUGCUGGUCGCAGAUCGGGGGUUUCAUCAGAUCGGACCUGAGGAUCUGUGCGCCGACAUGUUCAUGCUCUCCGUCACUGUGGCCUUCGCUACCAAACUGCAACAGCUGAUCCCGUGUGACCUGAAGCUCUCCGCCGAGGGCUCGGACUACUUCUUCUACUACACGUUACUGGGGAACGACAUCACGAGCGAGCCCUUCCACAGCCUCCUGGCGCCCGCCUUCGAACCCGAACGCGCCUCUGUACGCAUCCGCAGCAGCAAACAGGUCCUGCACAGAUUCCUACGCCAAGAGAAGAGUCUGCAGAUCCACCUGUGCUGUGGGAGCGUGUCUCUGGGCAGUGCAGACGUGCCGCUCUCUCCUCUCUGCUCGUCGUCUGUGGAUCCGGAGACUAAAGGAGCCACGGUGGAGGGAGCGUUCGUCCUCAAACCUCCCAAGAAACAAACCAAAGCGGCGGUGAGGGCGGAGCUUCCCACUGUGGGCGUGGCCGUGACUCUGAGGAGGGAGGACGCACCUGUGCAGACUUCAGAUCCAAAGGAAGCCGGCCCCUCGUCUCUCCCUGACGCUCCACUCGUGCCUCUGGUCCCUGUGGUCCCCUCUGGUCCCUCAGUCCAGCCCACUCCUGCUCCUGGUCCUGAUGCUGUUCCUGGUCCCAGUCAAGACCCAGAUCCAGGUCCAGAUCAGGGCCUCAGGUCUCUGGUCCUGUCCCCCAUCCCCAGAGAGGCUCCGGUGUGUGAGACCGAGAGUGACGCGGAGAGUGUGAUGGACGAGCUGCACCGAGAGAGGGCGCAGGGUGAAGCGCCGCCCGCAGACUCAGACGUGUCUGUGUCUGUCUCUGCUCCUAAAGUCUCCAUCCCUCCGUCCGCUCAUCACUUCUGCUUCUCUCUGGAUCUGAGGAGCAUCGGGAACCUGAGCCUCCCCCACCCCAUCUCUGCCACGCUCAGAUACCAGUACUCGUUCUUCGGCUCGUCGGCUCCUGUGAUGACGCCUGUAGUGACUCUGAACAGACACACGGAGGCGCUGGUGCCUCAGUCUUUCUGCGCGUUCGACUUCGCUGCUCUUCCCCAGCAGCUGCACGUCGCCUUUAACCAAACGCCGCUGGUGGUGGAGCUGUGGCACCGCCCCCUCAGCUCACGGGACGAGCUGAUUGGCCGAGCCUCGCUGCAGCUGUCUCACCUGCUCAGGUCGCCCCGGGUCAAAGGUCAGAGGUCGUCGUCGUCGGGGGAGCGGGGCUGGAGGCAGACGCACCGGGACAGGGUGCCCUUCCUGCGCGUCGACAGCUCCGUGUCGUCCUCUGGAAGCGACCCAGCCCCAGUCCAACCCCCAGCCCCGGACUCUACAGCGCCCCCUACCGCCACCUCUGUCCCCGCCCUGCCCCCGCUCCUGCCCCCGCUCCCUGCCCCCCCUCCCCUCGUCCCUCCCAGACAGACCCUGGAGUACCGAGCUGCUCUGGAGCUGGAGAUGUGGAAGGAGCAGCAGGAAGAACUGUUUGACCACCAGUUGCAGCAGAAGGAGCAGAGUCACAUGCAGGCUCUGGCGGAGGAGUGGAGGAGGAGGGACCAGGAGCGAGAGGCUCUGCUGCAGAAGAAGGAGGAGGAGUUCCAGCGUCUGGAGGAGCAGCUCCACAAAACUCUGACUGAUCUAGAGACGAGAGAGAAACGCCUGAAGGAGGCCGAGAUUCAGACUGAGCGCCUGCAGAGGGAGCUCCGCGCUGAACACGCCCUCACCCUCACAGAGCUGAAGGAGAGCGGACGCAGACUGCAGCUCGACUGUGACCACCGUGUGGCGCUAGAGAGAGACAAGAGCCGCCUGCUGGAGGAGGAGAGGAAGAGACUCCUGCAGCAGAUUUCAGACGCUGAGGCCAAAUACAAGAGUCUGGAGAAAGAGUUUCAUCUGUACAGAGAACAACAGAACAUCAGACCAGAGUUCAGACUCCAGUCUGAGAUCAACCUGCUCACGCUCGAGAAGGUGGAGUUGGAGAGGAAGUUGGAGUCGACCACUAAGUCGAAGCUUCAUUAUAAACAGCAGUGGGGACGAGCCUUAAAAGAACUGGCCCGAUUCAAACAGCGCGAGCAGGAGAACGCUCUGUGUCGUCUGAAGAAGCAGCAGCAGGAGCUCGAGGUCAUGAGGCUCAAGUAUCUGAGCGCCGAGGAACGAAAGGUCACGGGUCAAGAACGAGACGAGCUGGAGGAGAUCAAGAACCAGAUCAACAGGUUGAAGGAUGAACGACUAGCUCCCGCCCCCUCGCUCUCAGGCCCCGCCCCUUCCUUAUCAGGCCCCGCCCCCUCGCCGUCGGCAGGGGCGGGGCCUCUCGACGACGGGCACCUGGGCGAUCACCUGAGCCGACUCCUGGAGGAGAGAGACACGCUGCUGAGGACCGGAGUUUACACCCACGACGACCGAAUCAUCUCCGAACUCAACAGACAGAUACAGGACGUGAUGACGGGACGCUGACCAAUCAGAGAAGAGGAGAGGGACAAACGACCAAUCAGAGGAGAGGGACAAACGACCAAUCAGAGGAGAGGGACAAACGACCAAUCAGAGGAGAGGGACAAACAGAUGGAUUUAAAUAUUAAUAUUAAAGUGCAACUAAACACCUAAACUGAACUGGG